UAAAUUCCAAACAUUAAUUUGCAACUUUGUUACACCCAACCCUUCCAUUAUUUCCCUCAAUAGUAUUUUCAAACCAAAGCGGGCCUAUACACGCAGCAGCCGGUCGUUACCACACACACCAAAACUCGUGGGCUCCUUGUUAUCACCGGCCGGCUGCAACCGGCAACUCAAACAAUAUACUCACCAACCUCUUUGUUACAAACCCAUUUCCAAUAAUGGAUUCAAAACCCCACGAUCUGGAGAACGGAGACAUUCUGAAACCGAUUCACCCCAUGAAACCGGAGAAUUCAACUAUUUUGAGACUAAUUGUAGCAAAUGUGUCGGAAGUUCUGCUUGGAACGAAGCUUUUUGUUCUUCUUCCGGUGAUUCCACUAGCUUUUGUGGCGAAAGGUUACGGUCUCGGUAACCGGUGGGUUUUUUGUUUGAGUUUGGUCGGACUUGCUCCUCUUGCGGAACGAGUGAGUUUUUUGACGGAGCAAAUUGCAUACUUUACUGGUCCUACAGUGGGAGGGCUCCUUAAUGCAACAUGUGGAAAUGCAACAGAAUUGAUAAUAGCAUUGUUUGCUCUCCAUCAAAGAAAGAUUAAUGUGCUUAAAUACUCACUUUUCGGUUCUGUUAUUUCAAACCUCCUCCUUGUUCUCGGUUCAUCUCUCUUCUGUGGAGGCAUAGCCAAUCGACAUAAAGAACAAAGGUUUCACAAAAAACAGGUCGACGCAAACUCGUUGUUAUUGUUACUGGGGUUGCUCUGCCAGAUUAUGCCAUUGUUGUUUAGAUAUAGUGGCGGCAUUGAGGCGGAAGUUUCAAUCGUUAAGAUGUCUAGGGCGAGCAGCAUUGUGAUGCUUCUUGCUUAUGCUGCAUACAUCAUUUUUCAGUUGAAAACGAAUACCCAAGUUUGUGAACUACAAGAGGAGGAAGAAAGCAAUGAGGAGGUGAAAGAAGAGAAGGCUGUGAUAGGAUUUUGUAGUGCAUUUUUAUGGUUAGUUACAAUGACGGUGAUUAUAGCCAUUUUGUGUGAAUAUGUUGUGGACACCAUUGAGAUUGCAUCAGAUACUUGGGGGAUUUCUGUUAGCUUUAUUAGCAUAAUUUUGGUGCCAAUUGCCGGCAAUGCAGCAGAACAUGCUUGUGCAAUCAUAUUUGCCUUCAAAAACAAAUUGGACAUAUCUUUGGGUGUAGCUAUGGGCUCUGCUACUCAAAUAUCUACAUUUUUGGUUCCUUUGUGUGUUGUUGUUGGUUGGACAAUGGGAAUCCCAAUGAGUUUGGAUUUUGGACUUCUUCAAACGGGUUGUCUUGCAUUCUCCAUUCUUCUCACAAACUUAACUUUACAGGAUGGAAGCUCACACUACUUGAAAGGACUGAUCCUAGUUCUUGCCUAUGUAGUAAUUGGAGCAUGCUUCUUUGUUCAAUAUGUUCCCUAUGAUCAAUCCAACGACUUGGGCAUUUGGCUGUCGUCAAAGGAAUUCGUUAAUUCAUUUAGUUAACUUUUCCGCUUAGUUACUGUCAGAAAGGGAAGAUAAAUCCUUAACAAAAAUAAGAAGGUGACAGCUGCAAAUUGACAGCAAAUCAACAGCGAAUCAACAGCCGGAUCCUAUGAACUUUUCCUUUUAUAUUUCAUUUGUAAUCUAUAAGUAGUCCUGCUUUGGUUUUUUGUAAAUGUACACAAAUUUAUCAAAUACAAGUUUCCGAUAAUU